ACUGACUUCACAAAUGGUUUUCCCUCGCACGAUAUUCGAAGAAAAUAGAAACAGAUCUUAACUUCAAUCCAGCUUUUCUCCAUCAUUGAUUUUAUUUCCUUGUGCCGUCCGUUUCCAGAAAUAUCUCAAGUUUCUCGAUUCUAAAUUGUGAUUAAAGAGGUUCUUAUAGGGUUUACUAUGGUGAUUGCUUCGAUAGUUAUGGAAUUAGGGAUCGUUUGGUUGGUUAGAGCCGCUUGGAUCGCCGCUAUACUUCCUAUGUUGAUUGCUUCCAUACCCAGUUCAAAGCUGACAUCCUUUCAUCAACUCGUUCUUGGUUUCGCCGGAAGAGGCAAGAUUCUUCAUCUCUCCUCUCAGAAGUGGACAGUUCCUCAAAAAUACUUUGCUCAUUUCUAUGUUGUCGGAGCGGCGUGGACCACUCUUCUGCUAGCAACCACUUGGAUGUAUGCUUGCAAAACAGCCCCUUCAUCCUCAGAGGAGUUCCAUCUUUCCGACAUUGCAAGCCACUUAACCGGAGGUUCCCAUGUUUUCUCCUUUCAUAAAUCGCAUUUGACUCCUGUGGAGCACCGUUUCAAAGUGUGGCGAGCAGUGUUUCUACUUGUUCUGAUGGAAAUACAAGUUCUGAGACGCCUUAUAGAGUCAUUCUACGUGUUCAAGUAUAGCCCUUCUGCUCGGCUUCACAUUCUUGGUUACCUCGUCGGAUUGUUUUUCUAUACAGUAGCGCCUUUAUCACUCUGCGUCAACGUUGCUCCAGAAGUAGCAAGAUUCGCAGCAAGUUUAAUGGCUGAGUUCAUUGCCAAAGGAAAAGGUCAUACCUCGGCCCCUGAGUUUGACAUUUUAUCAGCUUUAAGCCCUCUGAUGAAGCUUGGAUGGUGCCAGUUGAUUGGUGGCGUCAUUUUUCUCUGGGGAUGGUUACAUCAACGCCGCUGUCACGCAAUUCUUGGAUCGCUCCGGGAAAAUCCUAGCCAAGCGAAAGAGUACAUAAUCCCACAUGGAGAUUGGUUUGAGAUCGUCUCCAGUCCACAUUAUUUAGCCGAAAUCGUUUUAUACUUGGGCUUGCUGAUUGCUAGUGGAGGAACAGAGAUAACAAUCUGGUUACUCCAUGGUUUCGUGGUUGGGAAUCUGACAUUAGCGGCUGGAGAAACACACCGGUGGUAUCUCCGAAAGUUUGAGAAUUAUCCGGCUAACCGAAAUGCCAUUUUUCCUUAUGUUUACUAAAUGAUUCAAGGGAGAACACAACUUAACCCAGCUUGUACUGUAUUUGAAUAUUCAUGUUUAGGUAUAUUGUCGCGAUGGGGUUUAUGCUCUGUUAUCCCCUCUUGGCCGUCUAAGAGGUCACAACAAUAUAUGCUCAUCUUAUAAUCGAA